AGGCUGGAAGUAGUGCAGUCGAAUGUGUUGAGCUCAAAACUCCGACCGUAAGAGGAGCACGUGAAUGCAACACGAGGUCCAGUACUGAGUGAAGCGGCACGAGAUCCUCAGAGGAGGACUGGCUGAGUGAGGGAGCAGAAGACCGAGGGAGGAUCGCAGUGUCGGAUACUAACAUCUCUACUUUAAUCUGCACAGGAGAUGAAAUCCACGUUUUAAGCGCGCGAAAAAACUUUACUCCAGCCCGACAAAAUGACGGUGGAUUUUGAAGACUGCAUUAAAGAUUCACCCCGGUUCAGGGCAAACAUUGAUGAGGUGGAGACGGAGGUUGUGGAGAUCGAGGCGAAACUAGAUAAGCUGGUGAAGCUAUGCAGCGGGAUGAUUGAAGCGGGGAAGGCGUAUGUGAGCGCCAACAAACUCUUCGUCAACGGCAUCCGGGAUCUGUCCCAGCAGUGCAAGAAGGAUGAGAUGAUCUCGGAGUGCCUGGAAAAGUGCGGGGAAAGCCUCCAGGAGAUCAUCAACUACCACAUGAUACUGUUUGAUCAAGCUCAGAGGUCUGUGAAGCAGCAGUUGCACAACUUUGUGAAAGAGGAUGUUCGGAAGUUCAAGGAGACCAAGAAGCACUUUGACAGGGUGCGAGAGGAUAUGGAAAUAGCGCAGGUGAAGAACGCCCAGGCGCCGAGGAACAAGCCUCACGAGGUCGAGGAAGCCACCAGCACGCUCAGCAUCACCCGCAAGUGCUUCCGACACCUCGCCCUGGAUUACGUACUACAGAUCAAUGUCCUCCAGGCGAAGAAGAAAUUUGAGAUCCUAGAUGCAAUGCUGUCAUUCAUGCACGCCCAGUACUCGCUGUUCCAGCAGGGCUACAACCUGCUGGAUGAGAUCGACCCGUACAUGAAGAAACUGGCUGCUGAGCUGGAUCAGCUGGUGAUUGAUUCAGCCAUGGAGAAGAGGGAAAUGGAGCAUAAACAUGCCACCAUUCAGCAGAGGACCCUCAUGCAGGACUUUUCGUAUGACGACUCUAAGGUGGAGUUCAACGUGGAUGCUCCUAAUGGUGUGGUGAUGGAGGGAUACCUGUUCAAGAGGGCCAGCAACGCCUUUAAGACCUGGAACAGACGGUGGUUCUCCAUACAGAACAGUCAGCUGGUCUAUCAGAAGAAGCUCAAGGAUUCUCUGACGGUGGUGGUGGAAGACCUCCGGCUGUGCUCCGUUAAACCAUGUGAGGACAUCGAGAGGCGCUUCUGCUUUGAGGUCGUAUCCCCCUCCAAGAGCUGUAUGCUUCAGGCUGAAUCAGAGAAGCUACGACAAGCCUGGAUUCAGGCAGUUCAAGCGAGCAUCGCUUCAGCCUACAGAGAGAGUCCAGAUACCUACUAUAUAGAGCAUCUGGACAGAACUGCCUCCCCGUCCACCAGCAGUAUUGAUUCAGCCAGUGAGCCACGGGACCGCAGCGCCCGGGGGGAGACCAUCCUGCAGCGGAUCCAGUGUCUGCCGGGGAACGAGCAGUGCUGUGACUGCAGCCAGGCCGACCCCCGCUGGGCCUCCAUCAACCUGGGCAUCCUGCUGUGUAUCGAGUGCUCCGGCAUCCACAGGAGUCUUGGGGUUCACUGUUCGAAGGUUCGCUCACUCACACUGGACUCAUGGGAACCAGAAUUAUUAAAGUUGAUGUGUGAGCUUGGAAAUAGUGUCAUCAACCACAUCUAUGAAGGCUCAUACCAAGAACAAGGUCUGAAGAAACCAUUACCCUCCAGUUCAAGGCAGGAGAAAGAGGCUUGGAUUAAGGCGAAGUAUGUUGAAAAGAAAUUCCUGAAGAAGCUGGGCUCCACAGAGAUACUCAUCAACGGAGAGAGGAAGCCCGACCGGCGGUGGAGUGUAAAGAAGUGUCGGAGACACAACAGUGCAACCACAGUAUCCAAAACACGGCGAAGAUACCGACAAGAGCCCGGAAGCACCUCCCCUUCGACCCUCUCCUCAGCUGCUGCUAAGUUCAGACGAGACUCCCUGUUUUGUCCUGAUGAGCUGGACUCUCUCUUCUCUUACUUUGAUACAGGAUCUGGGCCUCGAAGCCUAAGCAGUGACAGCGGGUUGGGAGGCAGCACAGACGGCAGCACAGACAUCCUGGUGUUUGGCUCAGUGGUGGACAGCGUCACAGAGGAGGAGUGUGAGGUCUCCGAGGACUCGAGUGGCGAAGCAGAGCUGGAGGCCGAGCCAGAGACGUCAGACCCGGAGGACAUAAGGGACCUUCAUCCCGGCGCGCUGCUGUACAAGGCCUCAAAGGCCCGCAACCUGCCCGUCAUGGCCGAAGCACUCGCUCACGGGGCCGACGUCAGUUUGGUCAGCGACGAGGAUGAAGGGAAGACGCCCCUCAUACAGGCAGUGAUUGGCGGUUCGCUGAUCGCCUGCGAGUUCCUGCUCCAGAACGCUGCUGACGUCAACCAAAGAGACGCACGAGGGAGGGGCCCGCUGCAUCACGCCACAUAUCUGGGACACACAGGGCAGGUGUGUUUAUUCCUCAAAAGAGGAGCUACACAGAACGACGGGGAUGAAGAUGGCCAGGAUCCUUUAAGUAUAGCUGUACAGCAAGCCAAUGCAGAUAUAGUCACACUCCUGCGUUUGGCCAGGAUGAACGAGGAGAUGCGGGAGUCGGAGGGACCCUUUGGACAGCCAGGUCAAUACCCAAUCAGCAGUCCCACUGAGCAACAGUAUAAGAAAUGCAUUCAGGAGUUUAUCUGUCUCAAUAUAGCAGAGUGCUAGAAUAAAGCCCAGUCAGGUUUAAACAGUGUAAAACCAGUGCAGGGGGUGCCAAGAGACAUUGGACUGACUGAGAGAGACUUUUCACCACCAGAUUAACUUCAUCUCUACAUCAGAUAUAUCCAGAAUAUUUCUAGUGUUCCUCCCCCCAGCACUGUCUAUCUACAUUAGACCAGAAACCAGAGUCCACCAGCAGUCAGCUCCCCUCUCAGGAUCACACAUGAACUCAGUGUUAACCUCCUUUUUAAAUGAUGUCAGAUUUAGAGCGACGGACUUUUGCCAAAAAAAACAAAAACAAAUCAGUGUAGAUGGGCGUAGUGAGGUCCGAUCAGUCCGAUCACUGCAGACUUGAGAAAUCACUGACAGGGAACAGCAGCAAUCAGUAAUCCACCAACAAAGUCAUCAGCAGUGUAUACGGGACCGACUUUGCCCUUUAAUCUGGAGGUUUUACAGGGUACAGGGUCCCAACAGUUCUAGGUUUAAUUUCAUCGUGUUGUUAUUGUAGUGCUACGUGGGAGGAGAUAUUUUGGGCGCCCUUGGUUCUAGAAGUAACAGUGGAAUUUAUUUUUAUCUUAGACAGUGUUACAUGACUGUUACAGUUGGAUGAGAAAAAUAUCUGGUUCCAUGAUAAAGAGUCAAAGUCCAUGUACAUAAAAACUUUAAUAAUAUAAUAAUAAUUUAACUACAACUCCCAAUGUGCAUUUCAGCAAGAACCAUCCAAUCACAGAGCAGGGAAGUUUCAAGUCUGGGCCAGUUGAAGGUGAAUUGAGCAACCAUGGUGCCGUCUUUUGUCCCCAACUGCAAUGACAGUGUGUUUUGAAUUGGUUAAUACCUCUAACUGGCUUCUUCUCCAUGGCAACAGCAGCCUAAGCUCAUGGGUAUUGUAGUAUUUAAGAGCCGUUCACCAUAUCCAAAUGACAUGUUUUCUCAGAAACGUAGAAAUAAUUAAAACUGAUGGUCAUAACAUGAACCUGUCUUGUAGAGUCUUGUAAUUCUGUAUAAAGACAAAUUUAAAUGGGAAUUACAGAAUUGGGGGUAAAACACUUCUGGAACCAGCCCUCCCACUUCACAGCUCUUUACAGUAUUUGUAGCCCAGAUGAGUUUGGGAAUGAUGCCAAACUGACGAGGACAGGGUCGUGCCGCCAAUUCACUCAACUAAAUCUGAUCUGGCUGUGCUUUUUUUUUUUUUUUUACUUACCUUAGGAUCUGUUGUCCAUGCACAUGUGAUCAGUGGAGGUAGCGCUCUUUCUUUUAAAUUGUAACGGUCAUUGAGGGGUAACUGUGUGAGGCUGUGAUAACUGUGACUGAGAGUAAAUGAUCAUGGAGUCAUUUCUCUGAAUCGAUCGAGAGACUGAUCAAGUGAAGCUUUUAUGUUUAAUUAAAAGCAAAAUUAUGCACUUUUUUCUUACCAACAGUGAUUUUGGAUUUUCUUUUUGCGCCUAUGUCGUUGUACCGUCUUUUUUCUUUUUCUCAGAAUAGGUUUGAAUUUUUUCUUUUUUUUAUUUAUAACAAAAAUCCCAGAGCAAUAGUGCAAUGAUUAUUUCAGUACAGAUAAUCUGUAUUUUUUGUAUUAUGUUUGACAACAAUGCAGAUGGUAUUUUUUUAAGCUGGAUAUAUUUUGUUAGAUUUUAUUUUGCUGAGCACUCACACACAGUGCCAGUAUUAUAUUCUCAUUAUGAGAAAGCAAGCCAAUACUCCACAGUCUCACUAUAUUAUAAUCACUUGGAGUAAUUUUACAGUACAAACUGCAGUGGGAGGUGGACAUUUUUGAUAAACCACACUUACAUGUAUUACUGUAUAGUAUUUGUAUGUUAAAAUGUUUGUUUAUGUAAUAUAAUUAGGCCUAUAUUAGAUUUGUUCUUCAGUUAUAGUGCAUGGGUGGCUACUGCUCAGGUGUUCCUAAGCCCUGUUGCUUUUGUUUACUUCUGUACCCAGUGUAUCUGAAUAUAUGACAUUUAGUAUUGUUGAAUAAUGUUACUAUCCGUAUCAUAUAUAUAUAUAUAUAUAUAUAUAUACUGCCAAAUCAUGACAAAAGUGCAUGGAAUGACAUUCAUGACAGAAAUCAAUAGACUGAACACCCCUUUCCUGCUGUCUUACAUUGGCUGGAUAAUGUUUCUGCGAAAAGCUUGAUGACAAUGAACAUGGCAGCUAAGCCGUGGCCCAAAACUAUGUUUAUUUUUAUUUGACCCACUUCGUAGUUCACAGUAAAUGACAGUGAUCCAGAAUGUGCUGGAGACGACUGUUGGUCAAAGCAUCGAUCAGCCUCGUCUGUGACUGACCACGUUGUUGCUCACAUGUUAUGAGGCAAAAUUAGCCUAAAGAACAUUGUCCUUCUUUUACUAAUGACUGUUGGGGUUUAGUUCACACCAAAGACCAGAGACGGUUUUUCAGACAGCCACCAAGUAUUUGUGAUAUUUUCUUUCUCAAAGCAGGCCAUGAUUUUUUGUAUACCUUUAAGGGACUGUACACAAAUUAUUUUGGUGGGGAAUGGGGGGGGGGGGGUUAAACUUUAUAUUUUGCUUGCAAGGCUAGCUGGUGAGCUAUUGCAGCUGGAGAGCUAACUGCUAACAUGCUAGCCAGCGGGGAACAUGUUUGUCACUAUAGUUCUCUGAGGUUCUUGCUAUGUCCUCUGUCCUUUUAUUUUUCUUGAUUGCUCAUUAUUUCAAUCAGUAAAGAGUUUUAUUGAAGGAAGAAAAAAGCUCUCCAAGCUAACAAGCUUGCUAACGGUCAGUUAAUAGCAUUACCUGUAACUUAGCAAGCUUGUUGGCUUCUUUGCUAAUGGAACAAUAAGAUCAUACAGUUUAUUCAGCUCAUUGCCCUUUUAGAGGAGUUUACACGCUUCCUUCAUUUUGGACUCUCUGGCUUUACGUCCCCUCAAAGGUCAGCACUGUCAAAACAGCCUUCUGUUGUUGGUUGGUGUUCACCAAAGUUGACCUUCCUCCUUGAUAAUUCCCAUAUUGUCCCUUGCUUGUAUUUGCCAACAUGUGUUUGGAGUCCUUUAGCAGUGAAAGAUUUUUAAAGGAUGUGGCAGCGACAGAAAGAUCAACUCACUUGUUCUCCUUUCCCUUAUUGCUUGUCAGAGAUAGAGUCAACGCACUUUGAAACACACAAUCUCUCUUAAUCCAGCCUUUUUCUUAUUUAGUGCAGUACGUUACAAAAGUUCACCGGAAGCAGACUACUAGAUGAAUGAUGUCAACACUAACCAAACAAUCAUUUACAUCGAGCCACUGAAUGAUUAUGUCUUGUACAGUAAUGUGUCUACAGCGUAUGAGUCAGUAUGUCAACAUGUUGACUGUUGUGUAUAUAAACUAAAAACUAUUAACACUUUAACUGCUUGCUUCUUACAUGCAAUUUUUAACUUUGUUGUAUUUUUUCCUCUCUGACUGUUAUCUGUACAAUUUCUUCGAAUAUUGUAAGAGAACGUUUGUCUCUGAAAACACGGUACCUGUGCAUAUUAACACUAACUGCUACCUAUGUUUGUUUUUUGUUUAAUAACUCCUCCCAGUGUCUUCGAAAAUGAUACUGAAAAUAAAUGGAAGAUGUGACUAAACGCUAA